CCUGGCAACGGCGGCAGCUCCCGCAGCCCGGCCUGCGUCGGGUCCGCGCCGCUCCCCGCACCGGACGGACGGACAGGCAGACGGGGUAGGACAGGCGCUGGGGGCAGGCGCGGAGCGUCGCGGUCGGAGCGCGGCGAGGAGCGGGACCCGCCCGGCCGCGGGGCGCGGAGGAGAGGCGUGCAGCCCCCGCCCGCCGCAGCGGUAGUGUCCGGUGCCUUGCUGCUGUGAAAUGCAUAGCUCUACCUAAAUCAGUGGGAUAUUCCCACCUUCAUAGCGUUGUGUUCAACUCCUGCACUUCAUCAAGAUCACUGAGUUGUGCCGUGGGCCAGAGCACGAGGAGCUCAGAGCUCAGAGCUCAGAGCUAGCAGCCUGGGUCCUCAGGCUGCUGUGUGACCUCGUGGGACAGCCAGGCGCUCCCCAUGGACUGAGGCACUGCUUGAACACCUGGGGAGCACGGUGUGCAGGAACAGACUGCAGGCCUGGGCCAGUGCAGUGCAAUCCUGAAUGCAGAAGCCAGCACCAUGAUACCCAGCUCUUGUACAGGGCUUUCUACUUACAGGCAUGCAAGAACCUAAAUGAAGAGACACAAAUUAUUGACCAGAAAAUGGCCCAACGAAGCCCAAUCUUCCCAACUCUCGCCCAUUCUGAAAGCUUCUUUAAACUGUAGGAAAAAGAGCCUGACCUGCCUUUGUACGGACAGAGGCAGCAGCAAACAACAUCCAUUCAUCUAUAGCAGCCGGCCUUUGCGGGUUCGAAACAUCCCGCUGCACAGCCAGGCGCUGACAGCGGUGCCGCUGGCAUCUGCGAGCCUCGUGGAUCAGCUGGAGGACAGAAUCCUCAGCCAUGAGAAAACCACGGCAGCGCUUGUGGAGCACGCUUUUCGCAUCAAGGAGGACAUUGUUUCCACUCUGCACAGAAUGCAGAACAAAGGGGGGGGCGACCGGUUAGCGAGGCAGCUCCUAGAAGAACACAUCCGCAACAUAACUGCCAUCGUGAGGCAGCUCAACCGGGACAUUGAGAUGCUGCAAGAACAGAUACGUGUCAGAGACAAUCUCAGCUAUGGAACAAAUUCUACCCUAAAGAGCCUGGAAAUGCGGCAGCUUUCUGGUUUAGGCGAUCUCCGUGGAAGAGUGGCAAGGUGUGAUGCCGGGCUAGCCAGACUGUCUGCAGAGCACAAAAUCACAUACGAAAGACUUCAGAGCCUAACUAAAGACCAGCACACCUCUAAGUUGAUCUUAGAAUCGAAAAUCAAAGAGACAGAAAUACAGGUCUCGCACCUGCUGAGCCGCGUGGAGCAGGCGGUGGCGCAGCAGGAAGCCAAGCUGAAGCUGGCCUACAAGGAGAGCGCGCAGCAGCUCCACCUGCUGGACACCAAAUUAAAAAAUGCUAUUGAAGAGCUCAGCAGCCAGAUUUUGUCUGCACGCAGUUGGUUGGAACAGGAACACGAGAGGAUUGAAAAAGAGCUUGUGCAAAAACUUGACCAACUCUCAUUGACUUUUAAAGAGAACACAGAAAUGAGUGAAAGAGCUAUAGAGAUGAAAUUCAACCAGAUGUCAGAGAAAAUCAACAAAAUAGAAGAAAUACAGAAGAUAACCAUGGAAGCACAUGAAACACAACAGACUGAAGAAAAGAUAAAUAUUCGCAUUGGCAAACUUCAAAAUGAGAUUAAUGAAGAUAUAAAAGAAAUGAAAGCUGAAGUUAAUGCUGGGUUUGCAGCUAUCUAUGAGAGCAUUGGAUCUCUACGGCAAGUUCUAGAAGCAAAAAUGAAACUUGACAGAGAUGAACUACAGAAGCAGAUCCAUCAAAUGAAGCAGGAGGUUCCAAUGUGGGGAGAGGCUGGACCAUGACUGCAAGAUUUUGACUGAGAUGAACACUUACUUGUCUGAAUAGGCAGACUAUAGCCUUGUUCCAGUCUGUAAUCCAAAUUAAAUGCAUGUACUGAAGGACAUGCUGCUGUUGCA